AUGUUAUGGGUUCAAAGUUCAAAUAACAGUAAUUCCGCUUCUCCUACAAUUAAUCCUCUCGAUUACAAGAGGGAAAAAGCAUGUUUCAUGGUAUUGACUAAAAAUGAGCAGUUAAAUCCAUUAAUUGCCACAAUUAAAAAUUAUGAAGAACAUUUUAAUAAAAAUUAUAGAUAUCCAUGGUAUAUUUUCAAUGAUCAGCCAUUUGACUCUCAAUUUGUUGAUGUAUUGAGUAAAGAAUUUCCAGCUACAGAGUAUCAUUUGCUUACUAUACCAAAAAGCUAUUGGAGUUAUCCGGAUUGGAUUGAUUUAAAUAAAGCUGAUGAGACAAGGAGAGAAAUGGAUAGACAAAACGUUAUAUAUGGUGAAAGUGAAAGUUACAGGCACAUGUGUAGAUAUUGGGCUGGGUAUUUUUUCAGACACACGGAAUUAAAAAACUUUGAUUGGUUCUGGAGAGUUGAACCUGGUACGAACUUAUUGUGUGACAUUAACUAUGACAUCUUUAAAUAUAUGAAUUAUAAUGGUAAAAAGUAUGGGUUUGUUAUAUCUAUACAUGAAAUACCAAAUACCAUAGAAACUUUAUGGGAAUCAGUUAAAAAGUACAUAUCAAUUAACUCACAAACGCUCUCGCCAAAUAAUUUGCAAAACUUUAUUACAGACAAAAAAGCAGAUUAUUACAAUUUGUGUCAUUUUUGGUCGAAUUUUGAAAUUGGAUCAUUAAAUUUUUUCAGAAGUGAAACAUAUGUGAAUUUUUUCGAAUUUUUGGACAAAGAAGGUGGAAUAUAUUAUGAAAGAUGGGGUGAUGCACCUAUUCAUUCUAUAGCACUUUCUUUAUUUUUAAAUAAAACAGAAAUACAUUUCUUUGAUGAUAUUGGUUAUUAUCACGAACCGUUUACUCAUUGUCCCCUAGAUAAAGCAGUGUGGAAAAAAAAUAAGUGUAGUUGUAACAGAAGAGUUGAUUUCACUUUCCAGGAUUUCUCAUGCGGUGUGGAAUAUUAUGAUGCUCAAGAAAUUAUCAAGCCAGCUUCAUGGAAAUUUUUCCGACAAUAUCAAUUGUAA